AAACCACUCUCCUAAAAUAGUUCCCUCCCUCUUUACUCCUCCUCACUCUAUUUUCUUCUCCUGAAAAUUUUGGUUUGAUUUGCUGUUGAAAUGGCGGGUCGUGGCAAGACUCUCGGUUCAGGCGCAGCGAAGAAGGCAACAUCGCGGAGUAGCAAGGCUGGGCUCCAGUUUCCAGUCGGUCGUAUUGCUAGGUUCUUGAAGGCCGGCAAGUACGCCGAGCGAGUUGGAGCCGGUGCUCCGGUGUAUCUCGCCGCCGUUCUUGAAUACCUCGCUGCUGAGGUUCUGGAAUUGGCCGGAAAUGCCGCAAGAGACAACAAGAAAACCCGUAUCGUUCCCCGCCACAUCCAGCUAGCUGUGAGGAAUGACGAAGAGCUGAGCAAGCUUCUGGGAGAUGUUACAAUUGCUAAUGGAGGUGUCAUGCCCAACAUCCAUAACCUCCUCCUCCCCAAAAAGACAGGAACUUCAGGAUCCAAGGCCUCUGGUGGUGACGAUGACAGUUAAAUAUUUGAUGACACGAGGUUCAGAGACAAAGAUGGUCUCUUUUGCUGAUGGAUCAGCAUCCACGAGCAGAUUUAAAUCAGUAGUGUUUUUUAUUUCUUGAUGAUUUGCUUGCUCUUUUUCUUUUUUUUUUUUUUUGGGGUAGAUUUUUGGGAGAUAGUGUUGGGAUCUCUCCGUUGUGGAAUCUGUAGCUUGUUAUAAUUUAGGAUCUUUCAGGGUAGUUCAUGUGGAUUGUAAAUCUCAACUCUUUUAGUUACUAAUAGAAGAAUUGUGGAAUUCAUUUCCUUUUUCCAUUAA